CCCAGGAACCCAAGCUGGACUCCAUUUCCCAGCAUUCCUGACUCAGGAUUUCAUGUAAACCCUGCCCUUUCCCCAGGCUUUCUCCAUUUCCCAGAAUGCUUAGUUUCUGAAGUGACAGCAGUCUUGGCUCCUUCCCCUGUGGCAUCCCCAAGGCAUUCUGGGAACCUCUUAUAGGUAGUCUCAGCUCUGGGAAGGCUCACAUUUGCGGUUUUUGGACCCUUUUUUUAGGUGAGGCUUGGAGGGAGUCAGUGCGCCGGCGCAGCUCUGGCUCCCCGUGUUGGCUACUGAGACUUUCUGCUCCCAGUUCCUGGGCCGCAGGAAGACCCGGGUGGUGCAGUUUCAGAUUGCUGAGCUGGGGGAAAGGGGAGGCGCAUGUGCAAGCAGAGGAGGGGCAGGAGCCCGCUUCCCAUGUAAAUGCUUGUGGUCGGGGGAGUGGCAGUCUCUAUGUGUGUGUCCUUGACUGACCAUUACUUUAAAGGACCACAGAAAAGGGACAAACACGGAAGUGCCUGGCUCAGGCCGGGGUGGCUCUGUCUAUACCAGGAGCCAUGGAGGGCUUUGCCCUCCCCCAUAGUAGAGAAUGAGUCUGCAGCCCCGAUGGGAGAAGCAGUCAACGUGAGCCUGUUAGUGGGCAGCGAGGGUGGGGGUUCCUGUGCCCACAUUCCAUGGAUGGAGCCCGAUCUUGGGCACAGAAGAAAUGCCAACAGGCUCUCCCCCACCCCCACCUGAUGCCCAUCUUCCCCUCUGCCCCCCCAUGUCCCACAAUCCAGCAGUGCAGUUUAUGAAUGGAAUGGAACCAAAGAUGGCGGCAGAAAAGGUGUCCAAAGAGGAGGUCUCCCUACCUUGGGGCUCCCACUCCCAGAAGAACUUGAGUCUACCCCAAGCAGAGACCCCAGAGCCAGAGGGAAUAGCUCCCAAGAUCCUGAGGCCCCCAUCCCAGAGGCAGAGAUAUAAUUUUGAAGUGACAGAGAUGUCUACGAAGCUGAGGCUUUUUGUGGAAGGAUCUGGCGUCCAAAGGUGCAUGAAUGAGGUUCCCCAUGACUGCAUUUUGAGAGAAAUCUGUGACUCUGAUAUGCAGGGCUCAUUAACAUUCAAGGACAUUGCUGUGGAUUUCACCCAGGAAGAGUGGUGCCUACUGGACCAUACUCAGAAGGAAUUGUACCUGGAGGUCAUGCUGGAGAAUGUGCAGAAUCUAUUCUCUGUGGGUCUUCCAGUUCCUAGAGAAUAUUGUACCUCCUGUUUUCAACAAGGGAAAGUACCAUGGCAGCUAGAGCCAAAAGGCCCCAGGAGCUCCUGUCCAGAGGCAGAGACUAAUUUUGAAGUGAAGGACAUGUCUACAAAACUGAGGAUUUUUGUGCAAGAAUCUGACCCCAAAAGAUGGAUUAAUGAUGCCCAUGGCUUCAUUUUGAGAGAAAUCUCUGACUCUGAUAUGAAAAUAAACAAAAAUAUACAGAGUGAUUGUGAAUUUGAUGACCCUUCGGAGAAAUUCAGUCAAUGUUCAGUCUUCAAUCAGUAUAUGAAAAUGACCUCAGGAAAUGACUAUUGUCAGAAUAGUAAAUACAGCAAAUGCUUUCCUGAAGAAGUACGACUUUUUCAGUUGAAUGAGAAGCCUUCUGAAAAGCCCAUGUAUCAAGGUAACUUAGGAGGAAUGGCCUUUAGCUACAAUUUAGACUUCAUUAGACAUACAAAAAGUAAAUGGGUAGAGAUGGUUUCUGUGAGGAAUGAAGUAGAGAAACCUUUCAGUCAAAACUCUAAUCUUGCUGCACAUCAAAUAAUCGAUUCAGGAGAGAAACCUUAUGAAUGUGAACAAUGUGGAAAGGCUUUCAAACAAAGGGUCUCUCUUGUAGUACAUCAUAGAAUCCACUCUGGAGAGAAACCUUAUGAAUGUAAACACUGUGGAAAGGCUUUCACAGAAAGGGGAUCUCUCACUAGACAUCAGCUAAUCCACACUGGAGAAAAACCUUAUGAAUGUAAAGAGUGCGGAAAGACUUUCAUAGAGAGAAGAUAUCUGGCUAAACAUCAGAGAAUCCACUCUGGAGAGAAACCUUAUGAAUGUAAACAGUGUGGAAAGGCUUUUACAGAAAGCAGCUCUCUUGCUGCCCAUCAGAGAAUCCACACUGGAGAGAAACCUUUUGGAUGUAAACAGUGUGGAAAGGCUUUCACGCAGAGUCGCUAUCUUGCUGCCCAUCAGAGAAUCCACACUGGAGAGAAACCUUAUGAAUGCAAACAGUGUGGAAAGGCUUUUACACAAAGAAGUCAACUUGCUGCCCAUCAGAGUAUCCAUACUGGAGAGAAACCUUUUGAAUGUAAAGAAUGUGGAAAGACUUUCAAAAGGAGAAAAUCUCUGGCUAAACAUCAGAGAAUCCACACUGGAGAGAACCUUUAUGAAUGUAAACACUGUGGCAAGGCUUUUACAGAAAGCAGCUCUCUUGCUGUCCAUCAGAGAAUCCACACUGGAGAGAAACCUUUUGAAUGUAAACAGUGUGGAAAGGCUUUCACGCAGAGUCGCUAUCUUGCUGCCCAUCAGAGAAUCCACACUGGAGAGAAACCUUAUGAAUGUAAAGAGUGCAGAAAGACUUUCAUAGAAAGAAGAUCUCUGGAUAACCAUCAGAGAAUCCACACUGGCGAGAAACCUUAUGAAUGCAAACAGUGUGGAAAGGCUUUUACACAAAGCAGCUCUCUUGCUGCACAUCAGAGAAUCCACACUGGAGAGAAACCUUUUGAAUGUAAAGAAUGUGGAAAGACUUUCAUAGAGAGAAGAUCUCUGGCUAAACAUCAGAGAAUGCACUCUGGAGAGAAACCUUAUGAAUGUAAACAGUGUGGAAAGGCUUUCAUAGAGAGAAGAUCUCUGGUUAAACAUCAGAGAAUCCACUCUGGAGAGAAACCUUAUGAAUGUAAACAGUGUGGAAAGGCUUUCGCACAAGGAAGUCAUCUUCUUAGACAUCAGUUAAUCCACACUGGAGAGAAACCUUAUGAAUGUAAACAUUGUGGAAAGGCUUUCACGCAGAGUUGUUAUCUUGCUGCCCAUCAGAGAAUCCACACUGGAGAAAAACCUUAUGAAUGUAAAGAGUGUGGAAAGACUUUCAAAGAGAGAAGAUCUCUGGCUAUACAUCAGAGAAUCCACACUGGAGAGAAACCUUAUGAAUGCAAACAGUGUGGAAAGGCUUUUACACAAAGCAGCUCUCUUGCUGCACAUCAGAGAAUCCACACUGGAGAGAAACCUUUUGAAUGUAAAGAAUGUGGAAAGACUUUCAUAGAGAGAAGAUCUCUGGCUAAACAUCAGAGAAUCCACACUGGAGAGAAACCUUAUGAAUGUAAACACUGUGGAAAGGCUUUUACAUAUAGCUGCUCUCUUGCUACACAUCAACUAAUCCACACUGGAGAGAAACCUUAUGAAUGCAAACAGUGUGGAAAGACUUUCAGACAAAGGAGCAAUCUUGCUACACAUCAGAGAAACCACACUGGAGAGAAAUCUUUUGAAUCUAAACACUGUGGAAAGGCUUUCCCACACAGGAACUCUCUUGCAAUCCAUCAGCUAAUCCACACUGGAGAGAAGAAACCUUAUUGUAUCGGAUAAAAUCAUGCAAUAUUCUAUGUCAUACAUUUAUCAUUUAGUAAUGUUCGAUUGGAAACUUGUUGUAAAAAUUUGUUAAAAUUGGGUAUCCUUCAGGAAGAUACUAAUCUUUCCUUUUGAAGAGUAGAGAAAUUCCAUGCACACACACACACAGCAACUUUUUAGAUACAUAAAUAUUCACCUUUUAUUCACUCUUUUCUAAUGUGGCCAAAACCUCCUGUUUUCAAUUUUUUUUUUAAAACUUAUGGAUUAAGAGGCUAGAUUUCUGUUUCUAUUGGAAAAGUCUCGAAACAUGCAACUACAAUCUUAACUUUGUCCUAAAUGUUUCAGUUUGAAAGGCCUUGGCCAUAUCUAAAUCCUGGCUCAACUUAAAAAUUGCAAACUUAAGAAAUGCUCCCAUGAGUUCAACCAUUAUGGAGAUAAGGACAAGAUAAAGAAAAUGUAACAUACACAGAUAUUGUAUUAUAUACAAGUAGUGGGUGACUAGAAGGGGUGUAUUGUGUUAAUUUCUGAUGUGUUUUGAGUUCAUUUGUGUAUCCAUGGACAUUACUGUUGAGUCAGCCACUCAGAGCAGUGCCCCUGUCCUUAUCCUUUCCCUAAUAAAGGCUGCAUAUUUUGCUGCAA